AUGACUAUUCCGGCUUCGCCUAGGGCUCCACCAAAAGAGCUAGACGCUCUGAUUGUCGGCGCCGGGUUUUCUGGCUGUUAUCUUCUUUACAAAAUUCGCGAAGAACUCAAGUUGAACGUCAAGAUAUUCGAAGCUGGAUCCUCUCUGGGUGGCACUUGGCACUGGAACUGCUACCCCGGUGCUCGAGUCGACUGCCCAGUUCCUGGCUACGAGUUAUCUAUCGAAGAUAUCUGGAAGAAUUGGACCUGGAAAGAGAAAUAUCCAAGCUGGGAGGAGCUCCAGGAAUAUUUCGCUCAUAUCGACCAGGAGCUCUCUCUGAGCCAGGAUUGUUUCUUCCAGUCAGAGGUUGUUUCGGCCCAAUUUCUCCCAGAACAGCAGAGAUGGGUUGUGGCUACCAAGGGCGGUAGUGUCACUUUUGCGAAAUAUCUCAUUCCUGCAAUCGGUUUUGCCACAAAGCAAUACAUCCCAGACUGGAAAGGUCUUGAUACCUUCCGUGGGAAGAUCUAUCACUCUUCUGCCUGGCCAAAAGAAGGUGUCAAUGUGAAAGGCAAGAAAGUAGGAGUAAUUGGGACUGGCUCUACUGGUGUUCAAAUUACCCAGAGCUGGGCGAAGGAGGCAGCAGAAACAUAUGUCUUCCAAAGGACGCCGAAUACUUCUCUUCCUAUGCGCCAGGAAAAGCUUGAUCCUUCCCAGCAAAAGGACAGACAAGGCCGCUUGGAAUUGUUCGCGGAUAGCCUCACUACAUUUGGAGGCCUCCCCUACGACAACGUUGCAAGAAACACCUUUGACGACUCACCCGAAGAGCGGGAGGCCACCUAUGAAAGGCUCUACGAGGAAGGCGGAUUGAAACUCUGGAUUGCAUCAUACAAAGAUCUCAUGACCGACGAUGCAGCAAACCGUGAAUCGUAUCAAUUCUGGGCCAAGAAAACCCGAGCAAGAAUCAAUGAUCCGACACUCAAGGACGCUCUUGCUCCGCUGGAACCACUGCAUGCGUUUGGUACAAAACGACCUUCUCUCGAACAGGAUUAUUACGAGCAGUUUAAUAAGCCGCACGUUCACCUCGUUGAUAUCAAGAACCACCCAAUCGCCGAACUUCAGCCCAAUGGCAUCGUGACCACAGACGGCAAGCUUCACGAAGUCGACUUCAUUGCCAUUGCGACAGGCUUUGAUUCGGUCACUGGUGGUAUCAAGAAAAUGGGUAUCAAAGAUGCAGAUGGGGUGGAGUUGAGUCAGAGAUGGAAUGAGGGCAUCUAUACAUACCUCGGCUUGAUGGUUAGCCGUUGUCCGAAUAUGUUUCUCCCCUACAGUGCGCAUUCUCCAUCUGUCUUCUCAAAUGGUCCUACGAGCAUUGAGGUUCAGGGGUCGUGGAUUGUCCAGAUUAUUAGGAAGAUGGAAUCCCAGGGCGUUCAUACAAUCGAACCCAAGAAGCAGGCCGAGCAGGCGUGGCGAGAGGAGAUCCUGGCCGUUGCGAACAUGACGCUGUUGCCAUCGACAAAGUCUUGGUACAUGGGUUCGAACAUUCCUGGAAAGCACGUUGAGCCGAUUUUCUACAUUGGUGGUCUUCCGCGAUACCAGCAGAAAUGUGCGGAAGCUUUGACUAGCUGGGUCGAUUUUAUCACGGUUUGA